GUAUAAAUACCACAGCCCUUUGUUUGCGAAAACAGAGUCGUUUCCUGAAGACAGAGGCAGAAACUAGAAUAUUCAAGAACACCGGUGGAUCAUUUUUCCCUUGUCAAGAUGCAGAUCUUYGUGAAGACCCUUACCGGCAAGACCAUCACCCUAGAGGUCGAGCCCAGUGACACCAUCGAGAACGUCAAGGCCAAGAUCCAGGACAAGGAGGGCAUCCCCCCAGACCAGCAGCGCUUGAUCUUUGCCGGCAAGCAGCUGGAAGAUGGUCGCACGCUCUCCGACUACAACAUCCAGAAGGAGUCCACCCUCCAUCUUGUGCUCCGUCUGAGGGGAGGUAUGCAGAUCUUUGUGAAGACCCUUACCGGCAAGACCAUCACCCUGGAGGUCGAGCCCAGUGACACCAUCGAGAACGUCAAGGCCAAGAUCCAGGACAAGGAGGGCAUCCCCCCAGACCAGCAGCGUCUGAUCUUCGCCGGCAAGCAGCUGGAAGAUGGUCGCACGCUCUCCGACUACAACAUCCAGAAGGAGUCCACCCUCCAUCUUGUGCUCCGUCUGAGGGGAGGUAUGCAGAUCUUUGUGAAGACCCUUACCGGCAAGACCAUCACCCUGGAGGUCGAGCCCAGUGACACCAUCGAGAACGUCAAGGCCAAGAUCCAGGACAAGGAGGGCAUCCCCCCAGACCAGCAGCGUCUGAUCUUCGCCGGCAAGCAGCUGGAAGAUGGUCGCACGCUCUCCGACUACAACAUCCAGAAGGAGUCCACCCUCCAUCUUGUGCUCCGUCUGAGGGGAGGUAUGCAGAUCUUUGUGAAGACCCUUACCGGCAAGACCAUCACCCUGGAGGUCGAGCCCAGUGACACCAUCGAGAACGUCAAGGCCAAGAUCCAGGACAAGGAAGGCAUCCCCCCAGACCAGCAGCGUCUGAUCUUCGCUGGCAAGCAGCUGGAAGAUGGUCGCACUCUCUCCGACUACAACAUCCAGAAGGAGUCCACCCUCCAUCUUGUGCUCCGUCUGAGGGGAGGUAUGCAGAUCUUUGUGAAGACCCUUACCGGCAAGACCAUCACCCUGGAGGUCGAGCCCAGUGACACCAUCGAGAACGUCAAGGCCAAGAUCCAGGACAAGGAGGGCAUCCCCCCAGACCAGCAGCGUCUGAUCUUCGCCGGCAAGCAGCUGGAAGAUGGUCGCACUCUCUCCGACUACAACAUUCAGAAGGAGUCCACUCUUCACCUGGUCCUGCGUCUCCGUGGUGGCAACUAAGCAGCUUCUCCUCUGCUCUUAACGAUGUCUCAUCUUAACCCCAAUUCUCCCCUUACCUCCAAUCCCACCCAUUGACCGCCUCUUCCCUCUAACCCAACCCACUUACUUUCCCCUCUCCCCUAACCUCUCAUCCCAGCUCUUCAUUCCUUUAAAUUUCAAUAAAGUUCAAGCAUUCCUGAUA